GGGGAAGGUCGUCUCCGUUUUACCGUCGCGUAGAGUCUUGUCUCUUGUCUUGUUUUUGUUCUGUUCAGCUUGUUGGCGACGUUGGCGUUGCUUGUUCUUGUUGUUCUCGUUUCGUUUCGUUCUCGCUGUUUGUUGAAGUGAACGUCCGGUCCCUUGCUCGCUCCGUUUUAUCGUUCUAUCUAGGUUAAAGGUUAAGGCCGGUUGAUCGUUAUCAAGAUCCGAUUGUUAUCGCUUUCUAAUUUAAACUGAGCGUAAUAAAUUGUGUUAUGAGUGAACCAGAAUCAAAGAAACUGAAAAUGUCGAGCCUAACGCAGCUAAAAAACUUUACCACCGUUGUUGCUGAUACUGGUGAUUUUGAAGCUAUGAAAAAAUACAAACCAACAGAUGCUACAACAAAUCCCUCGCUGAUUUUAGCAGCAGCAUCUCUACCUCAAUACAAACAUCUAGUGGAAAAGGCAGUAGAAUUUGGCAGGAAAAAUGGAAAGACCUUGAAGGAGCAAGUAGAAUCUGCUAUGGACAAACUGGUUGUCUUAUUUGGAGUGGAGAUUCUUAACAUUAUACCUGGUAGGGUGUCUACUGAGGUCGAUGCUAGGUUGUCUUUUGACAAGGAAGCAAGCAUUGGAAAGGCUAAAAAAUACAUAAAAAUGUAUGAAGAACACGGAAUCAAGAAAGAACGAAUUUUGAUUAAACUUGCCUCAACGUGGGAAGGCAUUCAGGCAGCCAGGUCGUUGGAGAAGGACAGUGGCAUCCACUGCAACCUGACUUUGCUGUUCUCGUUCGCACAGGCUGUGGCUUGUGCUGAGGCUGGCGUAACCCUCAUCUCUCCAUUCGUUGGGCGCAUUUUAGACUGGUAUGUGGCCAAUACAGACAAGAAGGUAUUUGCUGCCCAGGAAGACCCAGGUGUCCAGUCAGUCUCUAAGAUCUACAACUACUACAAGAAGUAUGACUACAAAACUGUUGUAAUGGGUGCAUCCUUCCGUAACAUUGGAGAGAUCAAGGCAUUGGCGGGUUGUGACUUACUCACCAUCAGUCCAAAGCUGCUGGAGGAGUUAGACAACUCCAACGAACCUGUUAAAGAGAUGCUCUCUGAGAAAAUUGCUAAGAAGUCUGACCAAGAAAAAAUCACGCUCAAUGAGGCUGCAUUCCGCUGGCAACUGAAUGAAGACCAGAUGGCAACUGACAAACUCUCCGACGGCAUCCGAAAGUUUGCUGAAGAUUCUCGCAAACUGGAGAAGUUGCUGCAAGACCUUAUUCAGAAGAAGUAAAUCAUUCUGGAGCCUAAUGUUACAAAAGACGACUGAUUCAUCAUUCCAAUUUGUUAAUUAUAUGUUGGUGCAGAGUUUGGGUUUUUUAUAUUGGUUGUGAGUUUAAAUAAAUAUUUAUUUUAAA